AUGGCCGGCCAACAGCCCGCUCCCACCAUCAGCCGCCUCCUCAACCUCGUCCCGGACGCCCCAGAGCAGGUUCUGAGCCUCCUCUCCGCCCAUCCGCACCUGGCUUCCGAACAGGAUGGCCAUGGGUACUCGCUCCUGCACGCCGCGGCCUCGUACUCGCACCUCCCGCUCCUCCGCGCUCUCGUGCAGGCAUAUCAUGUAUCGCCAGAUAUAACAGACGAAGACAACGAGACGCCGCUGUUUGUCGUAGAGAGCCCUGCCGUCGCGGAAUGCCUCGUAACAGAGCUGGGCGCCAACGUGAGCUGGCGCAACGACGAGGACCAGACGGCGGAGGAGAAGAUUGAAGCAGAGGGUGACUGGCCGCUCGUCGCUGCAUAUCUGCGCUCGGCUGCUGGUGGGGGCAACGCGGACGCAUCGGCACCGGCAGCAACAGCACCCUCUGAAAACGGGGUGGAUGGUGUGCGCGUGCCGCCCCCGUUGCCGCCGAAUGUUCGCAUCGACAUGAGCACGGUGGAGGCAUCGUCCAUAGACGAGAGCGAGGCGCCUGACCCGGAGUUCAGGCGACGAAUCGAGGAAUUGGCUGCGAGGGAUGACUUUCAGGGCGAGGAAGGGCAGAGGCAGUUGCGGGAGCUGGUCACGGACGCUGUCACAGGCUUGGCUGCGGAUGGGCAGAGAAGGGAUGUAAGAAGACGGGUUGGCUGA